AUGACUUCCCCCGGAAACCAUCACGAUGAGCUGGUCGGAGCUACUCCCCACUACCCCAUGCUCCACAAGCAAGAUGACCUCAAGCUGUUCUCCAGCGCCGGCUUCGAUAUGGACAAGAUCCAUCUCAAGCGCAAUGCUCCCGUCGCGCAACUGUACGAGGAGGCCAUCCAAAAAGAGGGUGCCGUCAUUAGCGACACUGGUGCGCUGAUCAAUUUCUCCGGAAAAAAGACUGGUCGCUCUCCCAAGGACAAGCGUAUUGUGUUUGAGGAGACCAGCAAGGACGACAUCUGGUGGGGACCUGUCAACAUCAAGAUGGACGAGCACACUUUCGAGAUCAACCGCGAGCGCGCCAUCGACUAUCUGAACACUCGCGAGGACAUCUACGUCUUUGAUGGAUUUGCAGGUUGGGACCCCAAGUACCGCAUCAAGGUCCGAAUCAUUUGCGCUCGUGCCUACCACGCUCUCUUUAUGCACAACAUGCUGAUCCGACCCACUGCUGAGGAGCUGGAGAACUUCGGCGAGCCGGACUUCACCAUCUACAAUGCUGGUCAAUUCCCUGCCAACCGUUUCACUGCCGGUAUGACCUCCUCCACCUCGGUCGAGAUCAACUUCAAGAGACACGAAAUGGUCAUUCUCGGCACCGAGUACGCUGGAGAAAUGAAGAAGGGUAUCUUCAGUGUCAUGCACUACUUGCAACCAGUCCGCUUCGGUCAGCUCUCUCUGCAUUCCAGCGCCAACGAGGGACCCAACGGCGACGUCACCCUCUUUUUCGGUCUUUCCGGAACUGGAAAGACCACCCUGAGCGCCGACGCUCACCGUAGCUUGAUCGGAGACGACGAGCACGUGUGGUCCGACACUGGUGUGUUCAACAUUGAGGGUGGAUGCUACGCCAAGUGCAUCAAUCUCUCUGCUGAGAAGGAGCCCGAAAUCUACAACGCCAUCAAGUUUGGUUCCAUCUUGGAGAACGUGUCUUACGACAAGGUUACCAGGAAGCCGGACUACGACGACUCUCACCUCACUGAGAACACUCGUUGCGCUUACCCUAUCGAGUUCAUUCCCAACGCCAAGAUUCCUUGCAUUUCCACCAGCGCACCCAAGAACAUCAUCAUGCUCACCUGCGACGCUUACGGUGUCUUGCCGCCCGUCUCCAAGCUUACAAGCGAGCAGGCGCAAUACCAUUUCAUCGCUGGAUACACCUCAAAAACACCCGGAACCGAACAGGGUGUCACUGAGCCCAGCCCCACCUUCUCCACCUGCUACGGCCAGCCAUUCAUUGUGCUGCACCCUCGCAGAUACGCGGCCAUGCUUGCCGAGCGUAUGUCCAAGCACAAGGCGGAUGCGUGGCUCAUCAACACUGGAUGGGUCGGCGGCAAGUUCGGACAAGGAAAGAGAUGCCCUCUCAAGGUCACGCGUGCCAUCGUCAACGCCAUCCACGACGGAUCUUUGGCCAAGGAAGAAUUCGUGCCCUUCGACACCUUUGGCCUAUACAUUCCCAAGAGCGUCAAGGGCGUCGAGGACUCGAAGUUGCUGGACCCUUCUCAGGCCUGGCCUUCCAAGGAUGGCUUCAACGCCGAGGUCAAGAAGCUGGCGGGCAUGUUCAACGAAGCUUUCUCCAAGUACGCCGAGGACGUCUCCCCCGAAGUGCGCAACGCUGGCCCCAAGAUUUAA